AUGACUUCACGUUACAACAAAAAAAGUCAAGGGAACGCUUUAUGGUGUUUCUGUACUCUUCCAGUUGUAUUUUUCCCACUUGCUGUCAUAUUCUUGCUUCACCGGAGCUUUUCUCAAGAGGAUUUUAUUCAAAAAUCGGGAUAUAAAAUGGAGAAAAGAAUCUCGCUCAGCCACGAUUUGCGUUCGCUGAAAGAGCAAACACUCUUUUUCGAAACAUUGCUGAAUAUGACAAAGGCUCCCAACAUCCAAUCAUAUCGACUCGAGUCACCCGAGCCCUCAGUUGUUACUGUCAUUAAUUCAGGGAAGGAAAUGCUACACGAGCAGACCGGUACUAUUGAAUUACGUCGACACGAAAAUCCUUCGGCACUUGUCGGAGAGGACGAGGUUGUAAUCGUUACACCCGAAUCCGAUCAAGGGAAAAAGCAAGAUAAAUUAAGUUUCCACUCCGAUGAUGAGAAAAUUUCAGGACAUGAGCUUCUUUCGGCCUUUUUUGAACAAGUUGUACCAAAUAACAUGGCCGGAAAGUUAAACGUUCAUACUUGGCAAGGAAUUUGUGGUGCAUAUGUAGAUCAGCUGCGACAUUCUCCGUUAUUUCCACGUUUCCCUUAUAUUCGAAAAUUUCUCAGUGACUUCAAAUCACAGCAAGAAGGGAGCGAGUUCGGACAAAGGAUUUUUGGGUUCAUUCACCCUGAGAAACGAGGAUUUCACGAGUUCGCGAUCAGUUCCGAUGACACAUCGGAGCUUUGGCUGAGCUCCGACAGCAAUCCGAAGAAAUCCCGACUGAUAGCGGCAGUGUAUUCUGCAAGUGGCGCGGGAUCUACAACACCUUAUAAUUUUAAAAAAUACCCCAUUCAAAUGUCAAGAAAAAUUGCUUUGACACCAUCUAAGAAAUAUUACAUCGAAGCUCUUCAUAAGCAGUCAAAUGGCCGAAGUCAUAUUCAAGUAUUUUGGAAAGAACCGGGCUCGGAGACGUUUAAAAUAAUUCAAGGCAAAUAUUUGUCGCUUUUCUUGGACGACAGAGAUGUGCACGGUGAGGGCGUAGCUGAAGACGUUGAUUUCCAUGGUUACGCUCCCAUGGGAAUCCCGAGCCAUGCAAAAAGAAACCUUGAUGACAACGUUCAGAAAUUCCUCUUUAAGUGUUAA